AUGUCAAAGAAAGGUCUUAUUCUAGUUCUUGCACUUAUCAGGCUGUCAGAGCCUAAUUCGAUUAGUCUGGAUCGCGUUAAGUGCGACAAAAACCCUCGAUACUUCAGGGUCCUUAAUGUCUCGCUUGUCAAUAACACCAUCUCAGCGGAUGUGGACUUGCUGCAGACCUUGAAGACGGGGUUUAGGGGCCACAUAGAUGUGCAGCUACGCCUGAGUAAUGCCAAGAAGUUUCAAAGCCUAGUUCAGACCGAUACCGAUUAUUGUGAUCUGCUCUCGACCCUGAAGGACUCCCUCUUUCGGCGAUGGAUCAAGAGCGUGUCGAAGCAUAGCAACUUCAUGGAGAACUGCCCGGUCCCUGCCAGUCACUACGUCCUCAAGAACUGGCACAUCGACAUGGGUCUGGUGCCCUCGUAUCUCCUGAGCGGCGAUUACCGCCUGAAGGCUCAGGUCUACUACGGAAAGUACCACUCCAAAAAGCAAUUGGUCCUCGUCGAUUGCAUCGUCGAAGCCACAAUGCGCAAUAAAUAA